UUGGGCCAGGUGGCAGCACUGUGUGUAAAUACACGUGCUGCGGGUUUGUUGGUUUUCUGCAGUAAUUUAUUUUCCUCGAAUUAAAAGGAUAAAUCAACUUGAAAUGGGCUCCCGAAAUGCACCGGAUGUGCACAUGUUUCCCUCGGACUUGGAGUUCGCCGUGUUCACCGCCGAGGAGAUCAAGAAACUGAGUGUGGUCAAAAUAAUAACUGGCCUCACAUUCGAUGCACUCGGUCAUCCAAUAUCAGGUGGCCUCUAUGACAUUCGCCUGGGCUCCUAUGGCCGCUGCAUGGACCCCUGUGGAACAUGUUUAAAAAUGCAAGAUUGUCCUGGUCACAUGGGCCACAUUGAGCUUGGCUCGUUGGUCUACAAUCCGUUCUUCAUCAAACUGGUGCAGCGUCUACUGUGCAUAUUCUGUCUACACUGCUUCAAGUUGCAAAUGAAGGAUCACGAGAGUGAAAUAACCAUGUUACAGCUGAAAUUAAUUGACGCUGGUUACAUCAUUGAGGCACAAGAGCUGGAACUCUUCAAGUCUGAGAUUGUUUGCCAAAAUGCAGAGGAACUGGUUAAACUAGAUAACGGCGACGCUGUCCAUCCGCGUAUUGCUGCAGUCCAGGAGCUGCUGGCCAAGAACGUGAGCAAUGCCACCAACGUGACCAAGACAAGCUGCUCCCUACGCACAGCUAUCACGCACGCAGCUCUGCAGCGCGGAUCCAGCAAGAAGUGCCGCCACUGCAACAAGUCCAUGCGCUUUGUGCGCUACUUGCAUCGUCGCCUCGUUUAUUACGUGACCAUUGCCGAUAUGAAAGAACGGCUGGGUGAUGUGGCCGAAAGCGGCGGUCAGAAUAAGGUGAUAUUUGCGGACGAGUGUAGACGCUAUUUGCGAAAGAUCUAUGAGAACUAUCCAGAGCUCCUCAAGCUGUUGUUGCCUGUGUUGAGCCUCAACACCGAGUCGAGCAGCAGCGGCGACAGCUUUCCCGUGGAUAUGUUCUUUAUGGACUCGAUACCUGUAACUCCGCCACGGGCGCGUCCUAUGAAUGUCAUCAAUGACAUGAUUAAGGGCAAUCCGCAGACCGACAUCUAUGUGAACAUCAUUGAGAACAACCAUGUGCUAAAUGUAGUGCUCAAAUUCAUGAAGGGACAACAUGAAAAACUGAGUGAGCAGGCCAAAGCUGCCUACCAAAAUACGCGAGGUGCCAACAGCCAUGAGAAGCUCUACAAUGCCUGGUUGUCGCUGCAGAGCUCCGUGGAUGUGCUGCUGGAUGUGAACAUGUCACGGGACGUCAAGUCCGCCGAGGGUCUUAAGCAGGUGCUCGAGAAGAAGGAGGGACUCAUUCGCAAGCAUAUGAUGGGAAAACGUGUGAAUUACGCAGCGCGAACUGUCAUCACGCCUGAUCCCAAUAUUAAUGUGGAUGAAAUUGGUAUUCCCGAUAUAUUUGCACGCAAGCUCUCCUAUCCGGUGCCAGUGACAGAAUGGAAUGUCAUCGAACUACGUAAAAUGGUCAUGAAUGGACCGGAUAUACAUCCGGGAGCAAACUACAUACAAGACAGCAAAGGCUUGACAACCUACAUACCCGCUGAUAAUGCGGCUAAGCGAGCCAGCAUGGCCAAGCUGUUGCUGUCCAACCCCAAGGAUGGCAUCAAAAUUGUUCAUCGCCAUGUCCUUAAUGGCGAUGUGCUGCUGCUGAACCGUCAGCCCUCGCUGCAUAAGCCUUCCAUAAUGGCGCACAAGGCACGAAUCCUGCACGGCGAGAAAACCUUCCGCCUGCAUUAUUCCAACUGCAAGGCGUACAACGCCGAUUUCGAUGGUGACGAAAUGAAUGCUCACUAUCCACAAAGCGAGGUUGCCCGCUCCGAGGCCUACAAUCUGGUGAAUGUAGCCAGCAAUUAUCUGGUGCCAAAGGACGGUACUCCGCUGGGUGGCCUCAUUCAGGAUCAUGUUAUUUCCGGUGUCAAACUGUCUAUACGCGGACGCUUCUUCAAUCGCGAGGAUUAUCAGCAGCUUGUAUUCCAAGGCCUGUCCCAUCUUAAGGGCGAUGUCAAGUUGCUGCCACCGGCAAUAAUAAAACCCACCACAUUGUGGUCUGGCAAGCAAGUGCUGUCCACCAUUAUCAUCAACUUGAUACCAGAGGGCUAUGAGCGCAUCAAUCUGGAUUCAUUUGCCAAAAUUGAUGGCAAGAAUUGGAACGUGGCUCGGCCACGUCCCCCGCUGUGUGGAACCUCGCCGUUGGAACAGGAGCUGAGCGAGAGUCAGGUCCAAAUCCGCAAGGGCGAGUUGCUGGUGGGCGUGCUGGACAAGCAGCAGUAUGGUGCCACCACUUUUGGCCUCAUCCACUGCAUGUACGAGUUGUACGGCGGCGAUGUGUCCACUCGCCUGCUCACUGCGUUCACCAAGGUGUUUACCUUCUUUCUGCAACUGGAGGGAUUUACUUUGGGCGUGAAGGAUAUUUUAGUUACUGGUGAGGCGGAUCGCAAGAGACGAAGCAUUAUUAACGAGUGUCGCGAUGUGGGUAACAGCGCUGUCGCCGCUGCCCUCGAGCUGGACGAUGUGCCGCCCCACGAUGAGUUGACCGAGCAAAUGGAGGCUGCUUAUGUCAAGGAUACCAAGUUUCGUGUGCUCCUCGAUCGUAAAUACAAAUCGCUGCUGGACGGUUACACAAAUGACAUUAACAAAACAUGUCUGCCCGGUGGCUUGAUCAGUAAAUUUCCAUCGAAUAAUCUGCAGCUAAUGGUGCUGUCUGGUGCCAAGGGCUCUAUGGUCAACACCAUGCAAAUCUCAUGCCUGCUAGGACAAAUUGAGCUGGAAGGCAAGCGUCCUCCUCUUAUGAUAUCUGGAAAAUCGCUGCCCAGCUUUACAUCUUUUGAGACGUCUCCCAAGUCUGGAGGUUUCAUAGAUGGACGCUUCAUGACAGGCAUACAGCCGCAGGACUUUUUCUUUCACUGCAUGGCAGGUCGUGAAGGUCUCAUUGAUACUGCUGUAAAGACAUCUCGUUCCGGUUAUCUACAACGUUGUCUCAUCAAGCACUUGGAGGGAUUGAGUGUGCAUUAUGACUUGACAGUGCGUGAUAGUGACAACAGUGUAGUUCAGUUCCUAUAUGGCGAAGAUGGCAUGGACAUUCUGAAAUCAAAGUUCUUUAAUGGCAAAUUCUGUGCGGAUUUCCUCGCACAAAAUGCAAAGGCUGUCUUGAGGCCUAGCCAACUUCAACUCAUGAAGGAUGAGGAGUGCCUCGCCAAGGUACAGCGCCAUGAGAAACACAUACGCAACUGGCAAAAGAAACGACCGGUCAAGUUGCGUGCUGCUUUCACCCACUUCUCGGAGGAAUUACGAGACGAGGUGGAAGUACAGCGCCCGAAUGAAAUUAAUGCCAAGACAGGACGUCGACGAUUCGACGAGGGUCUCCUCAAGCUAUGGAAGAAGGCAGAUGCGGAGGACAAGGCUCUUUACCGCAAGAAGUAUGCACGUUGUCCCGAUCCAACAGUGGCCGUUUACAAGCAAGAUAUCUACUACGGAUCAGUCUCUGAGCGCACACGCCAACUUAUCGAAGAUUAUACACGUAAGCAACCUGCGCAGAAAGAAAUCAUAUCGGACAUAAUGCACAUGAAGAGCAUCAAGGCACUGGCAUCGCCGGGUGAACCAGUUGGUCUCAUUGCCGCCCAGUCGAUUGGUGAACCUUCUACCCAGAUGACACUGAACACCUUCCAUUUUGCGGGUCGUGGUGAAAUGAACGUGACCUUGGGUAUACCGCGUCUGCGAGAAAUACUUAUGUUGGCCUCUUCAAAUAUCAAGACGCCAUCGAUGGACAUACCCAUCAAGCCUGGACAGCAACACAAUGCGGAGAAGCUACGCAUCUCCUUAAAUUGUGUGACCCUUGCCAGUCUCUUGGAAUCUGUCCAGGUCAGUACCACAUUGACGCUGGAGCCUGAACGCGCCUACAUCUAUGACUUGAACUUUAAUUUCCUGCCGCGCGAAAUCUAUAAGGAAGAUUAUGGUGUGCGGCCCAAGCGCAUUAUUAAAUACAUGCAUCAGACAUACUUCAAGCAACUUAUACGCGCCAUACUGAAGGUAUCCAAUGCCAAGAAGACGUCCAAAAUUGUUGUCGUUGACGAGAAAAAGGAGAGCGACAACAAGCAAGAUGAGGAAAACGAUCAUGACUUGGAUGCAGCUGAUGACAUGGGUGCGCCAAAAGCGCGUGACAAUGAUGACGAUUCCUCAGAUGAUGGCGGUGACGAUGAUGCGACUGGCAUUAAGCUAAAGCAACGCAAAACCGAUGAAAAUGAUUAUGACGAUCCUGAAGAUGCCGAGGAAAUGAUAGAUGCCAAUGAUGAUGAAGAUGAAGCCGAGGACGAGGAUGGCAAUGAUCAGGCAAACGAUGAGAAUGCCGACGUAGAUGACAAAUCGGUGGAGAAGCUACUCAGCAACCAAAUGGUUCAAGAUUACACCUACGACAAGGAGAACCAUCUUUGGUGUAGGGUUAAAUUAAUUUUGAGUGUGCGUUACCAGAAACCGGAUCUGACGUCCAUCAUACGAGAAUUGGCCGCCAAAAGCAUUGUACAUCAAGUUUCACAUAUUAAGCGGGCAAUCAUCUACAAGGGCAACGACGAUGAGCAGCUACUGAAAACCGAUGGCAUUAAUAUUGGUGAAAUGUUCCAGCACAACAAGAUCUUGGAUCUGAAUCGUCUGUACUCGAACGAUAUACACGCAAUAGCCCGCACCUAUGGCAUUGAGGCUGCCACUCAGGUCAUUGUCAAGGAAGUGAGCAAUGUGUUCAAGGUUUAUGGCAUCACUGUGGAUCGUCGUCAUUUGUCACUAAUUGCUGACUACAUGACCUUUGACGGCACCUUCCAGCCGCUUUCCCGCAAGGGCAUGGAGCACUCUUCAUCGCCGCUGCAGCAAAUGUCCUUUGAAUCUAGUUUGCAGUUCUUGCGAAAUGCAGCUGGUUUUGGACGUCCCGAUGAACUAAAUUCACCAUCAAGUCGCCUUAUGGUUGGCCUGCCUGUUCGUAAUGGCACUGGCGCAUUUGAAUUGUUAACGAAAAUAUGUUAAUUACAUUUUUAAAAUAUAACAAAAUAAAUACGGUCUGCCUUAAGACUAAAAUAUAAUCAAUCUUAAAA